CGCAGCGCACAGCGAGUGACACCCCACCCCACGACGCCACCGAGCCCGGGAGGGAGAGGCCGACGCGACGCGACAAGUCCACACCCACACACGCACCAGCACCAGCCCAACUCACUCCUCCUCCCCCAGAUUCCGCCGCUCCCUCCCCCUCGCCGCGCGGCGCCGCCGCCGCCGCGGUGGCCACCAGCAACGUCGAGCUCGCCGUCGCCCAGGCCGGCGGAUGAGAGCCAGUGAACCAUGGGAGGAUUUUGCUGUUGCCUCUGCACUGACGAUUUCGAGGAGUACGCUCAUCCAAAUAACCCUAUCUAUAGGCAAGGUGUAUGCCUAAGGAAUUUUUUCCACAACUUUUUUGGCGGGUAUACUGCCACAUUCCAGAGGCUCGAAUCUAGACCUAGCAACCCAGCUCAAGGGGCUGCUCCAUUGGCAUCCACUAAUCCAAGUACCAAUAUAACUGACAAUUCAUUAUCCGAAACUUAUCACCUUGUGUCCAGACCUCCACCGUAUGAUACUGAUCCUAGAUAUGCCCGUGUUCAAAGAGAGGGUUUGGUAUCUAGGCGUGAAAAGUCUAUAAAUCUAACACAAGAAGAGUCACUGGCUCUUAGGCGAAAUGGCAGCAGCUCUGGCAUUGAACAUUUAGCUGCUCAGAAGAAAUGGAGCAGCACUGAACCUGAGGGUGAAUAUAAAGUCCAUCGCUCUGAAUCCACCAAGAGUUUAUCCGCAAAAUCGUAUAACAGCAGUUUUGCAGUUGUCACUUCAGAAGAUGAAGAUGUCUGCCCUACUUGUCUAGAAGAAUACACUCCAGACAAUCCGAAGAUUAUAGCUAAAUGCUCCCAUCAUUAUCAUCUUAGUUGUAUCUACGAAUGGAUGGAAAGAAGUGAUACUUGUCCGAUUUGUGGGAAGGAAAUGGAGUUUUGUGAAACCCCAUGAGAGAUUUCUCGCUGGUUGUAUCAGUGGAAGGCAAAAGAUCUACAGUGUGAUAUGCUGGAGAGUCUGUAAAUAAUACUAGUUGUCCAGAUAGAUCUCUUUUUUGAGAUCAAAUUCUUAUGUGUACUGAAAUCAUGGCCUACAAAAAAGAAAAUGCGCUAGAAUUUGAUAUAUGAAUAUAUUUUUGAAUGCAUUUUCAAAAGUGAAGUAGAUAUUCCGUUAA